AUGAGUGGUGAAUGCAAGAGGUUCGCAGGACAAGCAUGCAUCGUCACUGGAGGAGCGAGUGGCAUCGGCUUAGCUACAGUAACGGAAUUUGCUCGAGAAGGAGCUUCGGUGGCCAUUUUCGAUUUGAACGAGAUCGCUGGAUGUGAACAAAUGAAUAGAUUGAAGAGCGAUGGAUUUUCUGUUCAAUUCUUUCAUGUCGAUGUUACUUCACCAGAGCAAAUCCAGAGAGCAGUUACUGCCUUCGGAGAAGCGAAUCAAGGGCAAAUUCAUCAUCUUAUCAAUGGAGCGGUCUACUUUGGCUCAAAAGGGUUACAAGCAACUCCGAAAGAUUUUCAAAAGACAUUCGAAACAAAUGUCAGCGCCUAUGCCUUCAUGGCACAAGCUGUUUAUCCAUACAUGUUGAAAGCUCGGCAAGCUGGGAAAAAUUGUUCCGUCGUCAAUAUCGCUUCAAUUUCUGCUCAUCGUGCCCAACCAGUUCGCUGGACCUAUGCCAGUUCGAAAGGAGCUAUUGUUAUGCUUACGAAAUCGAUGGCUCUCGAUCUGAGUAAAGACGGCAUUCGUGUUAAUUCCGUUUCGCCUGGUUGGACAUGGUCUCCAGAGGUUGAAAAAGCAGCAGUAAAUGGUGGUCGAGAAAAAUGGGAUCCAAUCUGGGGCCAGUUCCAUAUGCUGCGUCGAUGUGCUGACUGUCGUGAAGUAGCACGACCAAUUCUCUUUCUAUGUUCCACAGAUGCUUCGUUCAUUACGGCUACCGACUUAGCUGUCGAUGGGGGUUAUACACAAAUGAGUCAUGAGGGAUUUGGAGAACAGUCAUCAUUUGCUGGAUCCGACUAUUGA